CUGCAAAGGUUACAUCGAUGGUAUCGAUAGUCCUCCGUCCUAUACCUCGACAACGCCUACACAUUCGCGCUUUUACUACUAGUCGGACGUUUUUCCGUUCAUCUAUUCCUUUUGCACGCAAAGCGAUAGCUCGACCGUCGCAACCGAGACCUUUCGCAUCUAGGCCUUUGUCUUCUCCUCGAAACAACCCAUACCAACGAUUCAACGUCAGCUCUUUUGACAAGAAAUAUCUGAGCGACAUGUCUGCAAAUGAUAACCAGAAGGAUUCGAAGGCUCAGAGGGAGAUCAAGGAGAAAUGUUUCAUCGUCGUCUUUGGAGCUUCGGGAGAUCUCGCUAAGAAGAUGACCUUCCCCUCGCUCUUCCAACUCUUCAAACUCGACCUCCUUCCCAGCAAGACCAAGAUCAUCGGGUACGCCCGGUCCGACAUGGACAAUGAUAAGUUCAUGGAACAGGUCGCUGGUGGUCUCGAGGGGGAGGACGAGAAGAAGGUCGAAGAGUUUAAAAAGUUGGCCAAGUAUGUCAGGGGGGCUUAUGAUGAGGACGAGGCAUUCCAGAAUUUGGAGAAUGAGUUGCAGACGAUUGCGGGCGACGAGUUUGAUGGAGAAUCGCACAGGCUGUACUAUCUCGCCGUCCCCCCCUCGCAAUUCACCUCCCUCGCUCAGAUGCUCGCCAAGAACAACAAGCCGAACUCUGAUAACAAGGCCAACACCAAGACGCUCUCCUCCAGGCUGGUCAUUGAGAAACCGUUUGGCAAAGACUCGGAGUCUUGUCAGAAGAUGAUGAAGGAUAUCGCCGAAGCUGGGUGGGAGCAGAAGGAGAUUUACCGAGUGGAUCAUUUCGCUGCGAUCGAGACGAUUAAACAACUCCCCUACCUGAUCUUUGCUCAACCGAGCCCGUUCUCGCCUCACAGCCUACUGAACAAGAACCACGUUCAGGCGGUCAUGAUCGAGCUCAAAGAGUCGUUCGGGUGUGAGGGACGAGGAGGUUACUUUGACGAGUUUGGGAUUGUGAGGGACGUCCUGCAGAACCAUUUCAUGCAGGUCAUGACUAUGCUGGCGAUGGACCGACCUGAUUCGCUCGAUGGCGACGAGUUGCGUGACGAAAAGGUCAAGGUUCUCAAAUCGAUCGCCGCCGUCGACCCCAAGGACGAGUCCUCCUACAUCCUCGGUCAAUACACCAAAUCCAAGGACGGCAAGAAGCCUGGGUACACCGAGGACGAGUCUGUGGAGAACAAGGAGAGCAAGACGGCUACCUUUGCCGAGAUGGUCCUGAAGAUCGACAAUGAGCGAUGGCAAGGAGUCCCCUGGAUCUUGAAGAGCGCCAAGGCGAUCGAAGAGGAUAUCAUGCGCGUCAUCGUGCACCUGAAACCGCACGAGGACAGCGGGUUUACGCCCCUGUAUGAGGGGACGAAACCUUCGGCCCUGGUCUUUGAGCUGUUCGAGACCAAGAAGGUGUAUUUCAGUAUCAAUUCCAGGAAACCGGGUUUCGUGGGAGGACCGACGAGGAGCAAGGUCGUACUCGAUUGGGAUUCGGAAGAAGCGCAGAAGGAGGGGAAGAGUUUGGAUCCGUACGCCGUUGUCAUCGGCGAGGCUAUCAGGGGACGAGAAGAGAACUUCGUCAGGGAAGACGAGCUCUACGAAGCUUGGAGGAUCUUUACUCCGUUCCUCAAACACAUCGAGUCCGAAGCCGGUCCCAAGCCCGAACCUUACGAGUAUGGUUCAGAAGGACCCGAGGGGUUCAAGAAGUUUGAGGAAAAGUUGGGGUACCAGGCCGGGUUGCAGUGAGCGGAGGGAACGUCGAUGUGGGUCGCCGAGAAGAGUCCUACGGAGAUGGAGAAUGGCCGAGAAAUGCGUAGGGUGGAUAUGGUGAAACGUGAAACAAGUAAAGGAAGCAAAUUUGCCUUGUCAAACGGAAAGUUCGAGUCAAUGAAAGUGAUAUUUGUAAGAAAAGAGGAGAUGGAGGUAUAUUCAGUGCGGG